CCAAUUUCUGCAACGCUCAUGGCUCCCGAACCAUUGUCCAUUGACUCAUUGUUGCAGCAACAGAGGGAAGCCAAAGAAGCUGCGUCCAAGCCUAAAUUCCUCUCUAAAGAAGAACGCGCAAAGAUUGCCAUAGCCAAACGGGCCCAAGAAAUACGCGAACAAAAGGAGAAAGAGGAGACCAGUAAACAGCAGCGUGCAACUUUUGAGCAAGAGGCUGAAGAGCUGCGUCAGAGGGAACGCCAAUCGUCCAGUCGGUAUGGCAGGAACGAUGACAGAGACAACCGCGGUAGACGCGACAAUAGACGCGGUCCUCCGCCUCCUCCGUCUUCUUCAGCCCCUCGGGGUAGUUACCCCAAUGUCCCAACCGGGCCAAGAGCUGAACGCGACAAAUCUGCGUCAAGCUCAAUGCCUCCGCCGCCUGUACCUGGAUCUGACAGCAACUCAUUUGCUGAAACUUCAGCAUCGUAUGCGCCAUCUAUGACUGACAACGACCGGGAAGCUAUUCGCUCACGGUACCUUGGUGUUGACAAGAAGCGACGCAAGAUUCGGAAAAUGAAUGACCGGAAAUUCGUAUUCGACUGGGACAACCAGGACGAUACAAUGGCUGAUGACGCGCCAUCAUGGGUUGGGAGUCAACGACAAGGAGCCCAAGUUAUGUUUGGUCGUGGUCAUCUUGCUGGUAUGGACGACAACACUGGCACGCGUAGAGGCUCGGGUAAUGGAGCCGCUGAUAUUAGUCACCUUGCUGAUCCUAUGGAACGCAGGAAGGCGGCGAAGGCGGGGUUGGAUGAGAGGCAUUGGACGGAGAAACCUUUGGCGGACAUGAAAGAACGCGAUUGGCGCAUUUUCAGAGAAGAUUUCAGCAUCAGUGCUCGCGGUGGGCAAAUACCUCACCCAUUGCGCUCCUGGGAGGAGUCCGAUAUUCCUAAAAGCAUUCUGGAAUGCAUCGAGCAGAUCGGUUAUAAGGAACCUUCGCCGAUUCAGCGUCAAGCGAUCCCCAUCGGCCUGCAAAAUCGUGAUAUUAUCGGUAUAGCUGAGACGGGUUCCGGUAAAACAGCGGCGUUUGUCAUCCCUAUGCUAGCCUUCAUUGAAGGUCUCGCUCCGUUCACGGACGACAAUCGCCAUUUGGGGCCCUAUGCGUUGAUCCUUGCUCCGACUCGCGAACUUGCGCAGCAGAUAGAGACGGAAGCACGCAAGUUUGCCAACCCUUUGGGCUUCAAAUGUGUUUCAAUUGUUGGCGGUAGAGCGAUGGAGGAACAACAAUUCAACUUGCGAGAAGGAGCCGAAAUAAUCAUCGCGACGCCAGGUCGACUGAAGGAUGUCAUUGAGCGACAUGUACUUGUGCUGUCUCAAUGUCGAUAUGUGGUCAUGGAUGAGGCAGACCGAAUGGUUCACCUCGGGUUUGAGGCCGAUCUGACUUUCAUUCUGGAUGCUCUACCUUCAGAAACGAUGGAGGGUGAAGACGCGGGCGAGCAAAUGGAUGUCGACGGAGAAACCAUGAUCAAGAAAGGCAGAACAAGGGUCACGACAUUAUUCUCUGCUACUAUGCCUCCAGCGGUAGAGAGGCUUGCGCGCAAGUACCUCAGGAAACCGGCGGUGAUUACCAUUGGAGAAGCGGGCCGCGCUGUCGACACGGUGGAACAACGUGUGGAGUUUGUCAACGGAGACGAGAAGAAAAAACAACGGAUGUUGGAGAUUCUCAACAGCGGCGUGUACGCCUCCCCGAUCAUUGUGUUUGUGAACCAGAAGAAAACUGCCGAUAUGGUAGCCAAGGAUUUGCAACGUGCGGGUUGGAGUGCCGCAACCUUGCACUCAGGGAAAAACCAAGAGCAACGAGAAUCGUCGUUGCAAUCCUUGCGGAAUGGAGAAAGCGACAUACUUGUUGCCACUGACCUUGCGGGCCGAGGAAUUGAUGUCCCCGAUGUCAGCCUUGUGAUCAACUUCCAGAUGGCUUCGUCUAUCGAGGCAUACGUCCACCGGAUCGGGCGAACGGGGCGAGCUGGCAAACAAGGUGUCGCUAUAACUUUCCUGACUAACGAUGACGACGAAGUAAUGUACGAUCUCAAAAAUGAGAUAUCAAAAAGUCCAGUAAGCAAGGUGCCUCCAGAGCUGGCAAAGCACGAAUCAGCUCAACAUCGAGUGUCUCGCGAUAUGAAGCGAAAGAGAGAAGGCGAGGAGCCAGAGCAACAACUCUAA